AGCCGUACGUGGUGUAGUUGGUCGUAUCGCCGCCGUCACCCGCGACGCAAAAGCGGGACCCGCCAUUGGCCGGCUGACGGCAUUCCGACGGCUGGGCCCCCUCCACCAUCCCCGGGCACUGGGAAAUCUGGAACCGCUCUGCCACCGGCGCCGAGACAGCUCUCAAUCCCAGUUGUCCGCGUCUCGACCGUACCGUUUCGCGUUACGGCCAUAUUUCUUUUGUUUUGUUUUGUUUUGUUUCGUUUUUUUUUUAUCGAAUUAAUUUCACUGUUAUUAUUAUUGUCAUUAUCAUCACAGUCGUCACCGYUGUCGUUGUCUCUCAAUAGUAUUUUUAUAAAUAAUUACAUCGAUUAGGCAUUAUUGUUUUCAAUUUCCAAAUUCGUGCCUGGAAUAUUACGCACGGCCCGUGUGUGGUUGGCCGUCGUCUUGGAUAAAUUGUCGUAAUAUUUUUCAUCUCCCAUCUCUGUUUUGAUAUUUUUCAUCAUUUACUCGUUGAAAUUUCGUCAACGUCMGAAAUGAAAAAAAACAAUACCUGCUGCACGUAUGCUGCGUUUGUGAUCGUAUCAUUACGAUAGUAAUCGUCGACGUCCGUGUGCGUUUCCUGUGAUCAUACGGUAGGUAACUACUAACUACUUCAUGCCGGCGAUCUUCGUUCUUGUGGAAAGCGAUCGUCUAUUCAGUUAGACUUCCGGAACGCCGCACUGGAUCACUUCGGUUCUGCCCUGUUAUGCCGCUGACGUCUUCAGCAGACGAUUCACAAUAAUUUGUCAAAAUGAAUAGCAUGGAUGAGCAUAACCGCAUGAUGCAUCCGACCAGUGCAAUGUUGCCACAGCCUUAUGGGAUGUCAUCUGUCGAUCCUAACCAUGGUGCUCCCACGCCACCUGAUCAAGAUACACGUAAACAAGAUAUUGGUGAAAUUUUGCAGCAAAUAAUGAACAUUACUGAUCAGUCUUUAGAUGAAGCUCAAGCAAGAAAACAUACACUAAAUUGCCAUCGAAUGAAACCUUCUUUAUUCAGCGUUUUAUGUGAAAUCAAGGAAAAAACUGUAUUAAGUUUAAGAAAUACACAAGAAGAAGAACCACCAGAUCCACAGUUGAUGCGAUUAGAUAACAUGUUAAUUGCAGAAGGAGUAGCUGGUCCUGAAAAAGGAGGUGGUGCUGGAGCAGCAGCCAGUGCAUCAGCCGCAGCUUCGGGCGGUCCCGGACAACCAGAUAACGCCAUUGAGCAUUCCGACUAUAGAGCAAAAUUAGCUCAAAUCAGACAAAUUUACCACCAAGAACUGGAAAAAUACGAACAGGCUUGUAAUGAAUUUACUACCCACGUAAUGAAUCUCUUACGAGAACAGUCUAGAACGCGGCCGAUCACUCCAAAAGAGAUCGAACGAAUGGUGCAAAUUAUACAUAAGAAAUUCUCUUCCAUACAAAUGCAACUGAAGCAAAGUACUUGUGAAGCGGUCAUGAUACUUAGAUCUAGGUUUUUGGAUGCUAGAAGAAAAAGACGUAAUUUUAGUAAACAGGCUUCCGAAAUUCUAAAUGAGUACUUUUACUCGCAUCUAAGCAAUCCAUAUCCUUCCGAGGAAGCAAAAGAAGAGUUAGCAAGGAAGUGUAGCAUUACAGUGUCACAAGUGUCCAAUUGGUUCGGAAAUAAAAGAAUACGAUAUAAAAAAAAUAUUGGUAAAGCUCAAGAAGAAGCAAACCUUUACGCCGCAAAGAAAGCUGCCGGCGCUUCCCCUUAUAGUAUGGGUCCUGCUUCUCAAGGAACACCAACUCCUUUAUUAUCUCCAGCUCCUGGUGGUGGUCCGCAAGACAGCAUGGGCUACAGUCUUAGUUUAAAUGGUGCUGAGUAUAGUUCUCCUAUGUCUGGAUCACAGGUUUGUGCACAGUAUUCUGAUGGAAGUUUAGGAUACGACCCAAUGGGACACCAGGCAAUGCCUAAAAACUCUGGUUCACCAUCUACAGGUUGGAACUCCAGUCAUGAAUAUCAGACACAUGGCAUGCAUGACGACAGCGAAGACUCGUCAGAUGAUGUUGAUAUAAAACGCCCAAAAUUGUCUUAAAAUUUUUAUUCUUAAUAACUAAAUUUGUUCAUUUUUUUACAUAUAUAUAUAUAAAAAUGAUUGCUUAACUUAAUAUUUUAGACAUAUGUGGGUGAGAAUAACUGGCCUUCAAACUUUGUGUAUGUUCUAAAAGAAACACUCAUCUCACUCUAACUAAUUACUAUUAUGGAUCUACUGUAAUGACGAAAACGAAAGACUUAGGCCUUUGGUGUAUGUGCGUGUGUAUUUCAAUCCCAGCAUACAUCACAUAUAUUAUAAGGGAGCGUAUAUGUAUAAAUAACGUUAGUCUAAUAUUUGGGAUUACCAUACUGAAAUUCAGUAGAGACGGUUUUAUUACGAAACUAUUUUUUAGUAUCUUAUUAUUAUUAUCAUUAUUAAUUAUUAUUAUUAUUAUUAUUAUUAUUA